UCCAUGAUUAUGGAUUAUCAUCUAAGCGACAAAUUCUCUCUAAAGACCCAGAGCAGUAAAGCCGGCAGCGACUUCUACAUGGGGGCGGGGGGCGCCCUGGAGCACGUCAUGGACACCCUGGACAAUGACUCCUUCUACACCAAGAACCCAGUGGGCAAAUGUGUGCAGGCCUUCAGUGCCAUCCAGAGAAACGAGCAUCAUGUGCGGAUAGACAGGAGCUCCCCUUGUCAGGACAGCAGUGGCAGCUAUGGCCUGGGGAAGGUGGAGGGGCAGCAGGCCAUGCCCCUGGAGACCUGCUGCAGUGUCCGGGGGUCCCCGGUGAAGGCCAUGCCGCAGGAGAAGGGGGAGCUGGACGAGCUGGCGGAUAAAUGUGACAGCAAUGUGUCCAGCAGUAAGAAGAGACGGCACCGCACCACCUUCACCAGUCUGCAGCUGGAGGAGCUGGAGAAGGUCUUCCAGAAGACCCACUACCCAGAUGUCUAUGUCAGGGAGCAGCUGGCGCUCAGGACCGAGCUCACCGAGGCCCGGGUGCAGGUCUGGUUCCAAAACCGCAGAGCUAAGUGGAGAAAAAGAGAACGCUAUGGCCAGAUACAGCAAGCCAAAAGCCACUUUGCUGCCACUUAUGACAUCUCUGUUCUGCCAAGAAGUGACAGCUACCCACAGAUACAGAACAACUUAUGGACAGGUAACCCAAGUGGGGGAUCUGUGGUGACUUCGUGUAUGCUGCCUCGUGAGCCUUCCUCUUGUAUGUCACCUUAUUCCCACUCCUCCCGCACCGAUUCUUCAUAUGCAGGCUUCACGAAUCAUCAGAACCAGUUCAGCCAUAUGCCACUCAACAAUUUCUUCACUGAAUCGUUAUUAUCAGGCGCCACAAAUGGACAUUCUUUUGAAACAAAACCAGAGUUUGAAAGGCGAUCAUCUAGUAUUGCAGUUCUUCGAAUGAAAGCCAAAGAACACACAGCAAAUAUCUCAUGGGCUAUGUAA